AUGGAGCUGCAGCUGCUGGCACGACCCGCGGCGGCCGCGCCGUCCUCCUCUGCGCGACCCUCGCUACAGCUCCCCGCCCCGGCCCCGGGCCCAUCCCGUCCCCGUCGGCCCGGGUUCCCUACUCUCCGCGCCGCCGCUGCAGCAGCUGCGGCGAUCGCCGCGGAGCCGGAAACAAAAGAGCAGCAGCAGAAUAGCAAUAUGGAAACUGAGGUGUUUGCCUGCCCUGUCUGCUACGAGCCAUUGAUGAGAAAAGGGCCACCAGGCAUAAACUUGCCAGCAAUUUAUAGGUCAGGAUUCAAGUGUUCAAAGUGCAACAAGUCAUUUACCAGCAAAGACAUCUUCUUGGACCUCACUGUAAUUGCAGGGACAAAAGAAUAUAGUGAACAGAAGCCCGCUAGAACUGAGCUGUUCAGGAGUCCACUUGUCUCAUUUCUUUAUGAGAGAGGGUGGCGACAAAACUUUAAUCGGAGUGGCUUCCCUGGUCUUGAUGAAGAGUUUCAAAUGGCUCAAGACUAUUUUCAACCCGUUGCUGGUGGUAUCCUUCUUGAUGUCAGCUGUGGCAGUGGCUUGUUUACUAGGAAGUUUGCAAAAUCUGGGACAUACUCAGCUGUGAUCGCUUUGGACUUCUCUGAGAAUAUGCUCCGCCAAUGCUAUGAAUUCAUUAAGCAAGAUGAUACACUCCUCAAUGCGAAUCUAGCACUCGUGAGAGCUGAUAUUUCAAGGCUCCCUUUUGCUUCUUGUUCAGUAGAUGCCAUUCAUGCUGGAGCGGCUAUCCAUUGUUGGCCCUCACCCUCUAAUGCGGUAGCUGAAAUAAGCCGUGUCCUGAGGCCUGGUGGAGUCUUUGUGGGAACCACCUUCUUAUCCUCUCCCAGGAACAACCCAUUCUCUGUUGAAGCACUAAGGCCACUUAGACAGAUUGUUGGACCAGUUAACACCAGCUACAACUAUUUUACUGAAGGAGAGCUAGAAGACUUGUGCAAAUCCUGUGGCCUUGUCAACUACAGCAGCAAUGUUCAGAGGUCAUUUAUCAUGUUCUCCGGGCAAAAGCCGUAUUGA